AUGUCCCGCAGCAUGGAGCCGGUUCCAAAGCUGCUGGCUGCACUUGUUUUGCUGGCACUGUGCAUGGAGUCCUGCUCCAGCCAGCACUGGUCCUAUGGAUUGCGCCCCGGAGGGAAGAGAAAUGCAGAGAACUUGCUGGAUUCUUUCCAAGAGAUAGCCAAAGAGGUAGAUCAACUGGUAGAACCCCAGCGCUUCGAAUGCAACGUCCACCAGACUCAUUCUCCCCUGAGGGACCUGCGUGCUGCUCUGCAAAGUCUGAUUGAAGAGGAAACAGGGCAGAAGAUGUAAGUCCAUCUGCUGGAGUCUCCUCAACUC